AUGGUGAUCACAAUUCAUUCUUAUCUCCUGCUACUACAAACAGCAGCCGCGCUUGCUGCUACUUUAAGCGCUGUACACUCGGUCAAGGCCCCUCUUGGACAAGAUCGGCUUCGUCGGAGUCUGCGAAAAAAGGAUAUGGAUAAUAUACCAUAUGACCAUGAUGAGCCCUGUUACUCCAUAGAAGACAUUGAAGCUUUACAGAACCGAUUCCGUCGAUUCUUCGAUAUUGACCGUGACGGCAAAGCCACUCACAAGGAAGUUGCUAACUAUUUAAUGAAAUACGACCCAGCUAUUUCCAAACCUGCUGUAGAUGCAUUUGUGGCCAGUCGAGAUUUAAACAAGAACGGCGUAAUAGACCUCAUUCCUGAUUAUCUAGUAGCCAUGAGUUACCCCGAUUCUGAUCCCAUCCGCGCUCGUGAAUGGUUCGCUUUAGAGGAUGCAAACAAUGACCACAUUAUCACAAAAGAAGACAUUGAGAAAAUUGGAGCGCGUAUGGGAAUGUCACAAGACGAAAUACACGACAGCAUGCAAUACUACGCUCUUGGAGACAAUAACGAAGAUGGCAAGGUUACUUGGGAAGAAUACAAGAUUCUCCAUGGCAUUUAA